AUGUCUCUUCAUACCUACACUCAGCAGCAGCAGCAACAACAGCCAAGCGGCGAGAGCUCCCAUGCUUCACAGACAUCACCGCUGCCGUCGCUGUUGUCGCUUACUGGCCUGCUGACAAGCGAUGAGGAGGGUUGCUGCUACGGCAGCAGCAAUAAUGCCCCCCAAGAGUCCCUCGUAGCUAUUCAACGUGCCGUGCAGGCCGCUGACUGUCUCGCAAGCCUCUCGGCUAACCCUACUGCUGUGGCGGCGGCCAUAACUAAUAGUCCCAGCAGCAAGAACAACAGCAAAUGUGGGGAGGCUGCCAAUCAGGUCGGCAGCAACUCUAGAACAGCCAGUGACUCUGCGAAUGCAGAUUAUUUACAAAUCAUUCUUGCAGCAGUUGUGACCGUCGCAGAACUGCAGAAGAUUGACUUGGAACGUGCCGUCCGCCGUCGCAUUCGUUCUCUCGCAUUCGAGCAACAGCCGUUGCUUGGGGGUGGUGACACAUCCCGCAUCUCCACCGCUUCUGCAGCCAUGGCUAGCAGCGAUGAUGAUGCAAGCGGCAUUUCUCCUCGGUCCCAUCAACUGCAGAAGCAGAAUCAGCAGCCGAAACAACAAUGGAAUAAGAAUACGGGCUCGCAUUAUCAACAAGAGCAAAAGCAUCAGGUGCAUCACCGAAGUAGCAGCAGCGAUGAGGGCACAAGAAGCGAAUUCCCUGUGGAGGCGGAAGUGACAGGCCAGGCUUAUACUGCUGCAGCUUCUUCGGAUACAAUGACCUGUGGUCGUGCAGUCGUGCGGGAGGCGACCAUGACGGAUGAAGGCCACGACGCGGACAAUGAAGAGGAUGACAACAGUGCUAUGGGUGUUCUUCCGAUGCGCGCCAUAUCAACGACUACAACGGCACCAGGGUCGUUGGGCACACCCACAACCCCGGUGUCACCGCCAGAAGUGCCGCUCAACUGCAACGCUGCUGCGUUCCUCUCACAGCCGCACGUGAGGAGGAGAGUCCUCCGGCCGCCGCCGCUCUUCACCAUGUCAACGGAAGAGGAGAACAACGGCCUAUUGGCACCACCAUCGUCCAUAGCCGGCAUGACACCGACAACAAAGGAUGAGACGGACCACAACAAUGCCAAUGUGGGGUAUGACCUGCAGGCUGAGCAGCAACCACCGGAGGACGGGGUGGUCGUGAACGAAAUGCGGAGAAGCGAAACUUCAUUUCCGUCAUGUGCCACAGGGCGGACACAAGUACCAAAUUCAGACACACCACCAGCGAUGUGUUUAUUAGGGGAAGCAGUAGCAGAAGCAGAGGCAGCAGCGAUGGAUGUAGCCUCCGUGUUUCCACAGGCGAUACCGGAUGUAGAUCACAGUCUUAGCUCUGCAGCUGCGUCCGGCAAAGAAGUUAUUGUGGAAUUGGCGCUCGUGGGCGUUAGAGACAACGUCCCCAGCGGUUCAAUUUAUAGAACUAUCAUGGAGGGCGCUGAUCACCGUGUGGAGGCUACCACAUCAGUAACAGUGUACCCUCAUACGCCGGUUUUCCAUUUGCACGACUGUCAAGGAAUGGAUGAUACAAGGACACGAGGUGACGUGACGGAAGAUGCAGCCGCCCUCACGAUUCUCGGUGGGACGCAUCCCAAUAACGGCAUGACUCUUGCACUCGCCACGAAGGUGCAAUGCACUGUGGUACCGCCAAUAAGCGAGGCAGCCUGUUGUGCUGCUCCCGAAAACGUCACUGUGGCGCUGCCGACGACAUCUGGCAGGGAGUCUCUGAGCGUGCCUUUACUCCUGAGUGACGCUGAUGGUAACACGAGCGCGCGCCUCUCCGCUGCCGUGCGCAGCAGCACCAGCAACGAUAUGGGCGGCCCACUGUGUGCCAGCACCGACUUUAGCCGUCUGGAAGAGGGNGCCGCCACCUGGGGACUUCUCGUCGGCGUAAGCAGUGGUGGCUCCGAUGAGGACGUCCCCACGCAUGAAGAUGAAGACACACUGGCAUCAGCGGCGCUUGGUGGCGGAAGUGGCUGCAUCAGUGUCUCGCAUAGCGCAGUGCGACUACUCCAGGCAACGUACCCGCCAUCGCCGACAGCAGCGGUGCGUCAGCAGCAGUCUGACCCCUCCGCGGUGUCUGCGGUAACUGUGAACGUCUCGCCGUUCCUGCCACAUGAGGAUCUGUCACCGUCGCUGCGCUGGACCGACGAGGCCGCAUCCGUCAUAGUGCCGCCGCUGCCAUUGGCCCAGCUGCCAUCGCCAGUCUUCAAGGAGACGCGACAGGAUGAUUGGGGGGAACGGGACGUGGCGGUAGCAACAACAGGAGUGGCAGCAGAAGAAGUGGAGCCGGCAGAGUUGGCGCAAGUGACAAGAGCACCUCCGUGGAAAGGUGUUGAUAACAUAACCACAAUGAAUGCUCCGGCAUUAACAACGACCAUGCAAGAACAUGCUACGUUACCGCAGGAAAACAUGACGGAGGCGGGCCAGCCUCACCAGCACUACCACUACUAUCUCAAGGCGUCCUGCAACCGCAGUAACUGUGAAAGAACCCGAGGCGGCUCCCAUAAUGUCAGUGGCGGCAAUAACAGUAGGCUGAUAAACGGUGUUGUAACAUCACACGGGUCGACCGUGGCAGAAACGUCUUUCUGUGAAGUUGAUGACCACGUGGGGAGUAAUAAUGCUGAGACAGUGCCGUACGGAUUACUCCUGCUGCAGCAGGUGCUGCAGGAGAGGUGGGAGGUGAUUGAAGAAGAGAAUGUCGACGAUGCAAUUCACCUCUGUCGAUGA